ACAUGAGUUGGGGAGUGGUUGAGAAUUGGAAUGAGUGGAUGAGAAUAGGACAACUCACUACCAAACAUAAAAUUUGUGCUUGGUACCAAGCAUACCCAUUUUUCUCAUAUAUAUAUAUAUACACCCCUUUAAAAGGCAACAAUAUGAUUAAACUGAUCCAAGCAUAACGAGGUCUCUUAAUCAUGUCAAAUUAACUUCCGAGAAUAUAAAAUGUGUUAUUACUAGUUAAAAAAGAAAAAAACGAAAAGAUAGGGUUAGCUAACACUCUCAAAAUGCACUUGAAAGGAGGCACAGGAGUAGGGCAAAACUAAAAUCCCAAGCUCAAACAUUUCAAGAUCUAAACUCAAGCUUAAAGAACGAACGCCUAAAAUCAAAUUUAAACUUUAAGCGCAUAUAUCAUGAAUCACAUAUCACCACAAAGAAGUGAAUCUCGUCCUCAACAACCACUAUGGCAUAUUCUUCAUCUCAAGUGAAAUGUUCAGGAAUUGUAAGAAAGCAGUAGUAACAUGCAAACGUGCACUUGAACUAGCAAAUGACACGUAACUUUAGAAUUGUUUUAAAUUGUUUUAGCAUAUAUGUCAGAAUUCACCAAAAGCUAACACAUAUAAUUUAUUAAAGUUUCUAAAAAUAAUCCCUCCCAAAUACGCCCAAAGUCUAAAAUACUUUUGCAAUUGCAGAUUUAUACGUGUGAGGUCUUUCUUCUAAAUCUCUAUCUUAAUUUUGAGUCAUCAAAGAGACAAGGUCCCUACAUUUUCAUUUGUUGUAGUACAAAAAUAGUUUAUACUUUGUAUAGCACAGUCAAUAUUAUAUAGAUAUAUAUAGACCCUUUUGCUAAUGGAUUGACGAGUGAUACUUGCGUCACGCUCACACCUCAAUUUCGAUUAGUUUACACGUACUUAUGAAUUUAUUUGUAAAUGGUGAAGCACUAAAAGAAUUAUGGAGGAAGAUGAUUUGCAUUCUGUUUACACACAAAGUACAAACAUAGUUCCUAAAAUUUAGGAGUAAAUUAUGUCAAAAUAAAGAAAUAAAAAGAUCUUCCUACAAAUACGAAAGUUGCAUAUAGUCAACAUUCCUUGAAAUGUAAGUAUCCAUAUAUGAAUGAGUCAAUCAUGGAUUGGUUAAGAAAAUUGAUGAUAUAUCUAACGCAAUCGACACAUAACAACCAACUGUCCACAUACACCAUAGGUCCUGUUUUAAGGUCAAUUUCUCCGGUCCACAAAAAGAAAAAUCCACUCUGAAAACAAAAUGGAUGAUUCACAAUCCUCACGUUGGAAACAAAACAACGUCCCCUGUUUCUUUCUUCCUCUUUUGGAGCAAAACAUAACAAACAACAACACAACACAAUCCUCAUAUCAAAAACAAAAUUUGAAGAAGAAGAAGAAUUAAGAGGAAGAAAAUGGACGAGACCGACGUCGACGAUAUAAUAAAGAGAUUGGUGGAGGGGAAAGGGAAGCAGGUUCAGCUCUCUGAGUCCGAGAUCCGCCACCUUUGCGUCGCCUCAAAAAGAGUUUUCCUCUCUCAGCCUAAUCUCCUUCAUGUUCAGGCUCCCGUCAAAGUUUGUGGCGAUCUACAUGGACAAUACAUCGACCUUCUAAGGAUUUUUGAACGUGGUGGAUUCCCUCCUAAUGCAAAAUACCUAUUUCUUGGUGAUUAUGUUGAUCGUGGCAAGCGAAGCUUAGAAACAAUAUGCUUGCUUCUUGCAUACAAAAUAAAGUACCCUGAUAAGCUUUUCCUCUUAAGAGGCAACCAUGAGGAUGCAAAAAUCAAUAGAGUCUAUGGUUUCUAUGACGAAUGCAAGCGAAGAUUCAACGUUCGUCUAUGGAAAAUAUUCACAGAUUGCUUUAAUUGUUUGCCUGUUGUUGCGCUUAUCGAUCACAAGGUUCUUUGUAUGCAUGGGGGCCUUUCGCCAGAAUUGAAUAACUUGGAGCAGAUAAAUGAAAUUGAGAGGCCUACUGAGGUUCCUGAUGGUGGUCUUCUCUGUGAUUUACUCUGGUCUGAUCCUGAUUCUAAGAUUGAAGGAUGGGGGUUGAGCGAUAGAGGGGUUUCUUGUACUUUUGGAGCUGAUAAGCUUGUGGAGUUCUUGGAUGAGAAUGAUAUCGAUCUUCUUUGUCGAGCUCAUCAGGUGGUGGAGGAUGGAUAUGAGUUUUUUGCAGACAAGAGACUCGUUACAAUUUUCUCAGCUCCAAAUUAUUGCGGAGAGUUUGAUAAUGUUGGUGCCUUAUUGACUGUUGACGAGUCUCUUUUAUGCUCAUUUGAGAUCAUAAAACCUCUUGAAAAGAAAGUUGUAGGUGAAGGAAGCACACAAACAUCAAGAUCUACUGUAACUAGUAAGUCCUCUAAGUUCGGAAGUGGCUGAGGAUUCUUCAUUUGUAAUUCUUAAUUGCAAGUGUAGCUCAAAGGGGAGUUAUACAGUACACCGACCAUUAAUUCUUAGACAAAUUUCUUUUCUAUAUAUCGUUGUAUUUGGCUAAGAGCUUCUGAAUUUGUAAUAUUUAUUUCUUCAUUAAGGAUCUGUCAGUUUGAUUUCUUUACUACUUUUGUAAAUUAGGGAUGAUAUCUACCUUGUACAGAAAUGUAUGUUCUUCUUUUGUGC